UACACCCUUCUGAGAUGACUGCCUUCAAGGGACUUAGAAAGGUGAAACUCUGUUUAGGAUUGCACAUUUAAUCCUCUUCUAAACCCCACAUUGAUUUAAAGCAACCAGAUUCCACGAUUUCCCAGCUGGAAGUGGAUUCUCCCUCUGUUGCAGAUCCAGGUUGCCUGCCUCUGCUACCAGGAAAUUUUGUGCGGAUGGUCUCCAGGCAGGGAGAGCUGACAGGCAUCAAGGCGGGCUGUUGCUGUUGGAGGGAGUGGGUGGGGUUGGGCAGUGAUUGAUGAGGGGAAAUGCGAGUGUUUUUGGACAGCAAAGGACUGGUCUCAUUUGCUGGAAUUUAAGCGCGUACACUAAGUGGAUGCUUCAGCCAUAAGUUUCCCACCGUCAGUACAGCACCAGCGUUGGACUAUUAAGCAAGAAACGACUCUGCCGGACCACCAGGAGUUUUUCAGUUUGCAAGAUCGGAGGCGCCUUCUUCGGGCGGCGGCGAUGGGCGGGCGCAGCCUGGGCAAGCUCUGGAGCCUGGCCGUCUUGCUGAGCUGCAGCCGGGCGGUGGAACGGAGCGCCCCUCCGCCGCGCCUGGCGCCCAGCCCCGCUCCCGCCGGGACCAGCCUCGGCCCGGCCACGCGAGGCCUGGAGGCGGCGGGCUCCAACGUGUCGCGCCCGGGGGCGCCCGGCUCGGCCCUCUCCCCGCCGCAGCCGAUGUGCCCCAGGCGGCCGGAGAUCAAGGAGCCCUUCAAGUACGUCAACACGGCGGUGGCCUGCGCGGUCUUCGUGCUGGGCAUCAUCGGCAACUCCACGCUGCUGAGGAUCAUCUACAAGAACAAGUGCAUGCGCAACGGGCCCAACAUCCUCAUCGCCAGCCUCGCCCUGGGGGACCUGCUGCACAUCCUCAUCGACAUCCCCAUCAACGUGUACAGGCUCCAUGCUGCAGGAAACUGGCCAUUUGGAGUAGAAAUAUGUAAACUGGUUCCCUUCAUUCAAAAGGCAUCCGUGGGCAUCACAGUGUUAAGUUUAUGUGCUCUCAGUAUUGACAGGUAUCGGGCAGUAGCUUCAUGGAGCCGUAUCAAGGGAAUUGGAGUGCCCAAGUGGACAGCCGUAGAAAUCGUAUUGAUCUGGACCGUGUCUCUUGUUCUAGCUGUUCCUGAAGCAAUAGGCUUUGAUAUGAUUGAUAUAGAAUACAGAGGAAAGCACUUUCGAUCUUGCAUACUAAAUCCUCGACAAAAAACACCUUUCAUGCAGUUAUACAAGGAAGUUAAAGAUUGGUGGCUUUUUAGCUUUUAUUUCUGUUUGCCUCUGGCAACCACUGCAAUCUUCUACACUUUGAUGACCUGCGAGAUGCUCAGAAAAAAGAGUGGGAUGCAGAUUGCUUUAAAUGACCACUUAAAACAGAGACGAGAGGUGGCCAAGACUGUGUUCUGCUUAGUGCUUGUUUUUGCAUUAUGUUGGCUCCCCCUUCACCUCAGUAGAAUAUUGAAGCUCACCAUUUACAAUGGAAGUGAUCCCAAUAGAUGCGAACUCUUGAGCUUUUUGCUGGUUUUGGACUAUAUUGGUAUUAACAUGGCAUCUCUGAAUUCCUGCAUUAAUCCCAUCGCUCUCUAUUUCGUAAGCAAAAGAUUCAAGAACUGUUUUAAGUUGUGCCUGUGUUGUUGGUGUCAGUCCAAAGAUAUGCUCUCCUUGGAAGAGAAACAGUCCUGCCUAAAGUUCAGAGCUAACGAUCACGGAUAUGACAAUUUCCGCUCCAGUAACAAGUACAGCUCAUCUUAAACGAGACGGCAUUACUCUCCGCUUUUGUAUGUGUUAUUUUCAGGGCCUUGGUUUGUGUGUAGAUGACAAGGACCUUUACAAUAAAAACACUCGGGGUUUCUAGAGCCCCUAUGUUUGGCAUUUGCACCCAAAAGCAAAUCGCAAAGCAAAUCAGUCUAUACCUCUCGUAAUUGGGCAUGGUGUCUGUAACUAUUUGAACUUCACCGGGAGAAACAAAAAACCCUUGUUUAAAGCACUUAAACUCUUCAGAAAUGAGCACUUCCAGAUCAUCCACAAAUCCUGUAAAUUAAAUCACUCUGUAUUCAUUGGAGUAACCCUGGAAGCCUGAGCAAUAAUUCUUAGUAUAAAGCAUACUAUGACUGCUGGCAGAACAAAACCAGCUUUGUCUAUAAAUUACUGUAUCCUUUUAUUUUAAAAAAAACAGACAAGUAUGUCCGUCUAAAACACAAUUCUGUAUUUAAUAUAUCUUUGCAAAGUCCUGUAGUAAAAACACAAAUAAAGAAAAACUUUAUAUACCUGGCAGCAAAAUUAAAAGGACACCAUCAGAUUCAAAACAAAUUAGUUCUUUGCUGCCCAUAAGUGCUUAAGUAAGGAAAUAUUUAUAAUUGGGAACAGAGUGGGGGCCAGGAGAAGCAGUGCAAACUUUUUUAAAAAGAUUGCCAGGAGGGACCAUAAGCCAUGAGCAUUUCAAUCAUUAAUAGAACCUCAGCUGUAUUUCUCAGAACAAAGACUGUAAGUCAGACCAAUUUCCCAUCAGAGGAUCCCGCCUGGCCUACACAGCUUGUAUCCCAUGAAGCUGAAUGCAGCCCGUUAGUCGGGAACCAAAACCAGGAGGUGAUGAGUCUUGGUGGAAUACCAUAAGUGACUAACAGACUGCAUCUGGCAUACAGGUUGCAAAGAACUCAGUUCUACUGAGAUGAGAGUCAAAACAACAGAAGGAGAUGUGACAACAAAGCAGGACUUUGGGAAUCAUUUUUAGUUCCAUAGAGGACAAAUUUGGGGCACCUAGUGCAAGGAUGGGCUGUCUUAUGGUCCAGGAGCGGCAUCUGACUCCCUGGAGCAGUUCUGUGGAGCACAUGGCCUGGGGUCCUGGACAACACUUCUGGCCCCAUGUUAGGGACGCCGGCUUCUUCCCUGCAAUAACAAUCCUUCCCUGAAGCCAGGGUGCAGCGCUUCCCUAACCAUCCUACCCACUAACCUGGAGUUCAUAAAGGGAAGUAAACGGACUUCAGCAAUUGGGUGUUAAGUUAUACGAAGUUAUAUGUUCUUCUUGGGAGUCCACAGGAGUCAAGGAAAGGUGCAGAAUAUUAUAUUUGGCCACCGAAAUCUUCCUGAGAAUCAAAGCUUCAUUUUUAAUUCUAUUCAGAUAAGUUUCUGGCCCUUAUGGCUGUGAAGAUAUGGUGUGGAAGAGUGCAGAUAACAUCUACUGAAAUCUCAGAAACCGGAGGAACGGCUGAAAAAGAAAUCCUCCGCAUAUGCCUCCUUUCCCCUCCCCCUUGCUAGCAAAACCAGAAUAUAUUAUACAAAACAAAUUAUGCAAACUUGUUCAAUUUGCAUAAUUAAUACAGGACAUAACAAUUAGUAUUUCUGGGCACUCGAUUUGAAUUGCCUAAGAGUAGAAUUCUAACUGCUGUGAUCUUACUACCUUCCAGCCCUAAGAUAUUUACCAUCCCAAGCACAGUUAGAGCAUAUCUCUUCUUUGCUGCAAUAUAGUGAUACAUUCCUAUAUAACAAUGCUCAGGUUCCUUCCACACAGAGAUGAUUUUCUCUUCUGCUGUAAUUCCUGUGAAUGUAGUAGCAUUCACCGUGGCAAUGGAGCUUCCACUCAGGGUUCCCUGUAGUAUCCCCUCACACCCACCAUUUCCCCACCCUCACCAAUGCAAUGGUGUUUUAAAAGGUAGUAGCUAUAGCAAAAUACUACCAAUUAUAAAACAGAUGGUAAAAGGCACACCAGUCAUGGUGGGGAAUGGUGGAGAUGAGAGGAAAUGGUGCCAGAUGUGGUCGAAGAGGUACAGAAAUGCAAACUUUCCACAAAUCCACUUUGGGUACAAUCUUUCAGGACAGAUUGUUCCAAUACAGAUUUGAGGAAACGUGGUGGAACCGGAGAAAACCCAGAAGGAGGGUGACUGCACACAAUGUGGAAUCCUCAAAGACAAGAGCUGCAGAGAAGAUAAGGGGUCACAGAACAAGAAGCAACCUCCGUAGUGCUGUGGCAGAGAAAUAACCUAUACAUUCGUAGAACUCUGGCUUACAGUUGCAGUCAUAUAUGGGUGAGAGUAGCGGAUCAGCGUCCUUGUUUUUAUUAGUCUUCUAAGGAGCAUUGUAAAUAUUCGGGAAAGAUAUAACUAAGCAUAGAACAGUAAAUAAUAAAAUGUGGGCAGGUCCCCUUAACUCCUAUAUGAAUAACCAAAUGAAAGACAAAUGUGUAGCAAACAUGAUGUGUAUUGCCUGGAGCAGGUCACAUUUUUGUAUGUGCCUCACAGAUAGAGGAUUUCCUUAUUCUUUUUUUAAAAACAUACUAAUAAACAUAAAUGUAACAUUUAGUACUAGGAGUAAUUACCAAUACUAAAGGUUAUUAGAGUGUUCUGGAUUAUACAUAACCAGAGCUAGAAGGUAUACGGGAUGUUAAAGGUCAGUCAGUGGCUUGUUGGCAAAUGUUCACGUUACUAUUAUUAUAUUACAAUGCUGUGGGGAGGGAUUUUGUGAUACCAAAAUAUCUCUGCCUUUUCCCUGGCAGAUGUCAAUUCAAUUCUUUUGAAGGCCCUUUUCAUAUAUUAUGAAGGAACAGGGGAAAGAGAAAAGGGAGUGCUCCUUUUUAAAGGGACUUUGCCCAUAAAGCGCCUUUAAAACUCUGAGAUUCUAACUACUUUAGACAAGCAGUUGACCACAUGUAAAAAUGUUUUCAUUGGCUUCAGUGGAGCGUUGACAGUUUAUAUUCCUGUUGGCAAUAACAAGCAUAAAAAUCAUAGGGCCUGCGCAAGGAAAUAUUCUUGAUGAAUUUCAUGUUCUCUGUCUGUUUGCAAGGGGAAGGGGUCACCAUUAUGAGACUGCCCUCACCCCUCUCAGCUCAUAAACGGAUCUACCGCAGCAUUAAAUAAAACUUUUUAAUGUAAUAAUUGUAUGUUUUCUGCAGUUUUUUUAAAGUAGCAGUUAGGAAAGAAAUAUCUGUUUAAGAAGUCACAUGUCUUAUGUCCUAUAUUGAUUUAUACGUUUGGCUAUAUAUAUGAUAUACAAUAAUGUAUCAAUACAAUACAAUGAUCAUGUAUGUGAGAUUUAAUAAUCAUAAAAAUAUGAAUGUCAAAAAACUUCAACAGCGUUACAGAAAAUAGCAAAAAGAGAGAGGUACCUAUAGAAAUUAUGACUUUCCGGGAUUCUGUAUAACUUUAGCUAUUACAUUUUGAUUAAAAGUUUUGCUCAA